AUGAGUUACAUUCCAAAAUGUGGAAUUGAUAGGCAAGUUGCCCUGAGGGGACUGUUGAGAAAAAGACUGCCUAGAGGAGCCACUUAUUCUUUGGGUGCCCUCGUUGAUCUCAUAAUCUACGCGUGCCAAUAUGGUGUCAAAAUACGCAUUGGAGAAGACAUCUUUGGACUACUCCGAGCUCAUAGUGUUCGUCUCGGGCUAGAGGGGUCGUUGUAUAGGGUUGUGGAGACCUUGUUAACGUCCAAUGCGACUGGAGCAUACAAUACACUAUGUGGAGAACGACACCUGCUAGAUAGAAAUUAUGAUUAUGAGGAAUUUCUUGGUCGGGAUAUUCAAAUCAACGUUAUCGAAGAUUUUGAUGGGAUGAUGCGUGCGAUUAGGAGAGAUUUGAAGCGCCCAUCUCCGUGGCCAGUAUACUUCGACACGGAAUGCUGGUACGCUGACCUCGACCACGGAUCAAAAAUUGCAUUGAUCACCACUUUCGAUGUACAGAGCCGCACUGUGAAUUUAUUCAGAACGUUGAUGCUAAAUAAAAAUGAAUUCGAUGCCAUUCGAGAUGAGCUAAAUCAUCUCAGGAGAAAAAUGGUUACAUUUGGAGAGGAGAAAUCAUUCCUCUAUCCUGAAUGCAACAAGGGAGACAUCCAGCCACACACCUCUCCGUCUCUCAAAGAUCACUUAUUCGAAGCGAUUGGCAUGCGUAUUCAUAAAACGGAGACUAUGAGUAACUGGGGAGUUCUCAAUCUGCGGCGGGACCAAAUAUGGUACGCCGCCAUGGACUCUCUGUGUCUUCACUACCUAAAUGUCGGCGAGAGAGUUGAGUGGAGAAAUGAGCGACCACAUGCCAACAUCAGAAUCCCACGUUUCUACAAUUUUGACUUUUGA